CAUCUUCAAGAAGGCAAUAGCCAAGGCAAAACUAGAGCUAUUUCUACAAAUAUAACAGCUCUGCAACUUAUAGAAAUAUCUAAAGAAGAGAUCAAUAAUAGUAUGGAAAUUGAUAAAGAAAACCCAACAAUAGAUAUCAAAAGACAAAACUUAGCACUAAAUAAGGGUAGUCUAGGCAGAUUUCAAACUGA